AGUUCCACCCACAAUGCAACGCGGACGAACCUGGGGGAUCCUCCGAGAAGACCUGACAAAAAAAAAAAAACACAGAUUAGAGACAAAUUAAGACAAGGCAGGUCGUUAAAACGAUAAUUUGUGAAUGGUGUAAUUUAAUAGUGGUAGCUCUAGCUGCCUAAUUUUAAGAAGAAAAAAAAUAGUUUAGUAAGUUCCAACUUUGUUAGUGGAGGUUAGCGGUGUGAUAGAAGCCAGACUUUGCUUUGGCGACAGGGACAGCAGAGUUAGCCAGCUUCAUAGCUAAUGUUAGCUGUCAGCUAUCUUGACAACAAAACAAUGCUCCGUUGAUAACCAUAGUUUGUUAUUUAGCUAGCCAGAGUAUAGACCGGAUCAAAGCUAUCAUUAAAACACACAUCUCUGUGAUUUCUUCAACUAUCAACAAGACCAUUGACGUUGGCUAACUAACGCUAGUUUUCCUUGUCCAAGUGAGCCACAGCCGGUAGUGGCUAUUGUUAAAUUAACUGAGGCGAGUCGCUGAAUCAUUUACUGGGUCAAAAUGAACAUCGACGAGGCGGCAGCUCCGAAACCUGUCACCGACGAUGAUGGAAUGACAUGGUGGUACCGAUGGCUCUGUAAAAUCGUCGGGGUCCUGGGCGGAGUAUCAUGUGCCAUCUCAGGAGUGUGGAUGUGUGUCACUGUCAACCCCUUAAACAUCGCUGCUGGAGUAUGGAUGGUGUUGAAUGCCUUUGUGCUGUUCCUGUGUGAAGUUCCAUUCUGCUGUCAGUUCAUUGAGUUUGCAAACGCAGUGGCAGCUCGAGCUGACAAAUUCAAGCCAUGGCAGAAAGCCUUCUUCUACUGCGGGAUGGCACUGUUUCCCAUAUUCCUGAGCUUCUCCAUCACCACUUUGUUUGGAAAUGCCAUUGCCUUCGCUACGGGAGUCCUCUAUGGUCUCGCCUCACUGGGCAAAAAGGGCGAUGCGGUGAGUUACGCCAGGCUGAAUCACCAGAAACUGGGGGAUGAGGAGAAGCUGACCGGGACGACUGACGGGUCAAUAUAGUGACAUGGCUCAUCCCUCCGGUCUCACAGAGGAGGAACACUAUCCUUUAUCAAGGGACAAAGAUCUCAACCCCUCUCCCCCACCAUCUCUUCUCUUUUACCCCACCUCUCCCUCUCUGUUACUGGGUUUAUUUAUGUAUCUAAACUGCUGCAUCUUUAAUGUCUUAUUUGAUGAAAUGUGUCCGUAUAGAUUUUAUGUAAUUUGGUCCUUUUAUAGUGUGAAUUUAGUUUGACAUUUUAGUUCAUGUAAGGUUUAGCAGUUGUUUUAAUGUUUUUUGUUUGUUUUUUUUAAAUUCAUUUUUGUGUGCUGUUCUGUUGUCCUGGUUACUGGGGUAUCCAUUUUUUGCAAGUAGGAAAAGGAAUGUACCAUUUUAGCCAAUCCGCCUUUCAGGAAACCUGGGCGAUAGUGAAAGUGGAAUUGUAGUUUUUGUUAAGGAUUUUCCCAAGUCAUCUUCCACUGUUUGUGCCACCGGCAAUUGGAAAUUCGGCCAUUGGGACAGUAAUCCCAAAUGUAUAUCCAUCCAGUGUACCCAAAGAUGGGAGUCCUCUUUCAUAUUGAUUACUUGAGAUAUGAAGUAACCAAUAUUCAGUUUUCAACUGAACACUUUGAACAAACAUUGACAACAUUGCAUGUUUACAGAGGACAUAGGAUUCGCUGUGACAUCAUAGUUCUAACAACGGUUUUCAGUGCACAGAUAAGAUGAACUAUCUUAUCAGCUUUCGGGGCAUUCUACAAAUUUGCUUGUAAUCAAACAGUCACAGGUUGCUAUAGGUUGUGUAUAUCAUGAGAAGAAAAACAGAUUAAGGGCUCAAUUCAAUACAUCUUUCUGAUGUUCAGCACUGUAGUGCAAUUGAAAUUCAAAGGUAAUGUUCCCACUUUUGUGGAGACUGCAUUCACGGUAAACUAUGCACAUGUCGGCUAAAUCGGAAAUGACUAACAUUUAAAUCACGCUAUAGUGCUGAACCUCUGCGAUACGAAUUGAAUUGGGCCCUAAAGAAAGGUUCUAAAGUACUAUAGCCUAUCUAUUGUUGGUGCUCUCUUCUGGAACCUGAAUUGACCUAGAACCCGGUUGAUCUAUGCCACUUCAGAAUGUUUGUUUUCGACUCUACAAAUCCUAGUGCGAUCUAGCCUUCUGACCCAUGGAAGCAGAAUGUUAAAGGUUUAAGGACUGUGAUGAGAUAAUGUCUUGAUUCAGAGACUAAUAGUGUGUAACACAGCACACAAAGCAAAUAUUAGGCUUUUUCCUUAGUCAGAUAGGAGAUACAAUCUUCUGUCCAACCUCUGAUCACAGGUGAAAUGUGUUGUUCAGCAACAUGCUACUGUUUUUUUGAUUGACUCUUUUGGUGAAAAGUAAUGCAUUGAGUUAGCUUGUUUGGCCACACCUCUUACUGUAGUGUAUCUCGCACAUUAUCUCUGGAUUGGAAAACAUUUCAAUCAGUAAAAUGGUCUCCCAUGAUUGGUUCUCAGUUAGGCAUAUUUUUAUUUUCUAUAUAUAUCAUACAGGGUAACUAGCAAGAACACUAUUGCAGGUCACUUUAACCAAUGCAUAGGUACUAUCCACAUACACGUACAAAUGAACCAGCUUUUGUUAAAUGGAAUCAAACACUACAGGCACACAAGCGAUAUUAUAUCACUUAGGAAUAUAUGGAACACUAUUUACGCUCAUAGUUCAAAAUAAUAUGCAAAAUAGGUGUGUUAGCAGCUAUCUAAUGUAGCUUCACAGUUAACUAGAGUGUUGGGCCAGUAACCGAAAGGUUGCUAGAUCGAAGCCCUGAGCUGACAAGGUAAAAAUGUGUCUUUCUGCCCCUGAACAAGGCAGUUAACCUACUGUUCCUAGGCUGUCAUUGUAAAUAACAAUUUGUUCUUAACUGACUUGCCUAGUUAAAUAAAGGUUCAAAAUAUAAUUUCAAUAGUUUCAGAUAUUAGGCAUUUUACCAACAUUUUCAUUACUGUAACAGACCAAAAAAGUUAAAUAUUUUAUUUUAACAUUGCAAUGAAAAGGCCUGAGUUAAACAUAACACAGAAAAUAAAUAUUUCAAAUUAAAUAAAAACCUUUUCCCAAUUUGAGCUCUUCAGCCAUUUUGGUAAUGAGAAAGCCAAAUGUGGUAUUCUAGAUGAUGCAUAAUGGGCAAAUAAAACCUGAUUGGAGUUUUUACAGGAACUAGAAUGUUUUUGACACAUGUCCAGACACUAUGUAAUACAUAUAGUUUAAUGUAAACUUCGUGUUUUAUUCAAAUAAAUUAAGUUCUAUAAAAUGUAAAUGUAAAAUGGGUUUAAAAUAAGACACCUUCCCAAAAAGACAUCUUGGAUCUCGGAAUGAUAGUCAAUUUUGGCAGGUUCAUCAUGGUUUUGUAACUCAAUUUGCUAGACAUAUUUUAAAAGAGAGAUUCACCCCCAUAUACAAGAGGGACAUUAAUCCGAACAUUAUGGUCUCUGGGCACAUACAAGUCCUUAAUGGUUACACUAGCGUUAUGGAACAAUGAUCUAAAGUAUUUUUUACUUAACUGGGAAAGUCAGUUAAGAACAAAUUUGUAUUUACAAUGACAGCUGGAUGAGAUACAGCCUGGAUUUGAACCAGGGACUGUAGCGACGCCUCUUGCGCUGAGAUGCAUUGCCUUAGACUGCUGCACCACUCUGGAACCUCAAACAGCUUGCCCCAUGCAAUAGGAAUGAGUUUUGCAGCCCAGACCUCUAUAGUUUGCUGUAAGGGGUUUCUGUGUAUUCUUCUGCUUAGUUAUGUUCAAUCUAAGUGAAUUUAGUUUGUCUUUGUUGCUUUUUUAUGAUGUAAUGUACUAUAAGGUCAAAAUGAGCAUACUAACUUGGUUGCUAGUUAUAUGGGGGUGCGUUUGUAAAUACACCCUGGAGUGCCAGAGUGCGCUUUGGGCGUUCAUAAAUUCAGAGCGUUUUGCUCUGGCCAAGGAGUAGGGUUGAUCCGAGCGUUCUGACCGUAAUGGCAGUCAAGCUGUCCGGCUAAAAUUAGCUGGCUUGAUAGCUACUUCCAUACAAAAAAUUAGAGAACACCUCACUCUGACCAUUUUACUCACCCUAGCAGAGCUGGUUUGGCUUUUUUCAUGUUAUCCAGAGCAUUGGUGACUAACUUUGCUGCUGGCAACACUAAUUCGCAUUUUUGCCGACAUUUACUGACACCGGUCAUGUCGAACAUUCUUAAAUUCAUCAGUUAUAGAUGGCCAGAGCAAAUUUACGAACGCGCCCAUGGUAUUCUCUCCAUAUGGCUAAACAUUUUUCCUCCUAGUUAUUACUUGUGAUUUAAAUAUGUAACUUUUAAUUCAUGAAAAACUCUCAAAUACAAAGGCAACACAUAAUCCAAACUGCAGAUAUUCAACAUGAAGACAUGGAUGUUCGAUCAGAAAAAUACCACAUUUUAAAACAUUCGAACCAGAAAACUGAUAUAGCAGACAAUGAAUGUAAAUGUAAAUGUAAUGAAUGAAAGAUCCAUGCAUAGUUAAAGCGGCACUAGGCUGUUUCUGAUGACCAACUUUCUGAAUGAUUAGGGUUGAGUGGGAUUUGAAUAAAGUCCAUAUUAAUUUGAUCAAA